AUGCUAUCUGCCAACGACUUUGCCCUCGUGGUGGCGUUUUCACUACUAUCUAUCGUCGAUUUCGUCGGGAACUUACUGGUUUGUAUGAUAAUUCUUCAGCGAAAGCGGUUCCGAUUUCGUCGUUCGACCCUCGAUUUUCUUUUCCUUAACUUGGCUGUGGCAGAUAUCAUGGUAGCAGUCUUUGCGAUUCCAAGAUACGUUCUUAGCCCAUUUUUUGUCCAUCCUCUUGGCUCUGCCGGAGACCUCUUGUGCCGUUUUAUCACCGGUGGAAAUCUCAUGUGGACCGGAGGUGCCGCAUCUGUUUUCACACUUGUCGUCAUCGCCUUUGAACGCCGCCAUGUUGUCGUCAGACCUCAUCUGUUUACCAAGAAGUUGACAAUGGCGAAAUUGCGAGGUUUGGUCAUAUUAUCUUGGGCCUCUGCCUCGCUGCUUAAUCUGCCGUUGUUUUUUAUCAUUUCCUACGAUAGCGAAACUAAUUUCUGCAUAGAAAAUUGGCCAAACCCUUUGCUUCCAAAACUAUAUGGCAUAGUUUGGUUUUGUGUCGUCGGAGCAUCGCCGGUCAUUUUCAUGGCUAUUGUAUACUCGAAAAUUGUUCACCAGCUGUGGCUGAAGAAAUCCACAUCAUCAAGGUUUAAUAGAAGAGCCAUUCUUAUGUCAAAGAAAGUCACUAAAAUGGCCAUAACAUUGACAGUUAUUUAUUCAGUAUGUUGGCUGCCGAAUCUAGUUCUGUACAUCCUGGCAUUUAACAUUUCUGACGCUGUGUACGGUUCGCCUUUGUACAGAUGGACAGUGGUUUUGACUUGUUUGAACUCUACAGUGAAUCCUUUUGUGUAUACACUUCAAAGUAGACGUUUUAGACAGUCAAUAAGGCGGGCUCUGACGUGUAAAUAA